UUCGUCGCAAUCUCUCUGCUCACGAGGCGCCUGUGAUUUUAUCGAUUCUCAGACAUCAGCCAACAAUCUCAGAUUUCGCGAAAGUUUCUGUUUUGAUAAUCAUGACUGACUAUAAGCAGGAACAGGAGAUGGAGAUUGAAGCUCUUGAAGCUAUACUUAUGGACGAGUUUAAAGAAAUUCACUCUGGUGAAAGCGGUCUAAAUACUUCAAAUCGGUGUUUCCAGAUAUUGAUUUCUCCCCAGGAAGACGAUCUAGAGGAGCCAUCAAUAGCAACAGCUCAGUUGGCUCUGAUUUUCUCGCACACAGAAAAUUAUCCAGAUGAAGUUCCGCAUUUGGAUGUGAAAAGUAUACGAGGAAUCCAUAACAGUGAUCUCAAAACCCUAAAACAGAAGCUGGAACAAGAGGCAACAGAAAAUCUUGGUAUGGCUAUGAUCUAUACCCUUGUGACAUCAGUCAAGGACUGGCUGAAUGAACAUUAUGGCCAAGAAGAUGGGACUUUAAAUGCUGAGGAGGAGGCUGCAAAAGAGGACGAGGUGAUUGUCCCUCAUGGUGAACCGGUUACUGUGGAUACAUUUUUGGCAUGGAGAGAAAGAUAUGAAGCAGAGCUUGCACUUGAGCGAGCCAAGCUGAUGCCCGAUUCUGCGCUCACUACAACUAAAGAGAAGAGGCUUUCCGGAAGACAGUGGUUUGAGAGUGGGAGAGCGAGAGGAACUGCAGCCACUGUUGAUGAAGAUUCUGAAGAGGAAGAUGAGGAAGACAUCGACUUUGAUGAUGAAGAUUUUGAAGAUGAUGAAGAAGAUAUGCUUGAACACUACUUGGCCGAGAAAUCUGAUUCUUCCACCCACUCUUCGAGGAGAGCAAACUAGACAUCUUUCAGGUAUAAAACUCGGGCAAUCUGCAAAUUUUGGCAUCGAGAAUUCCGAGAAUUGGUUUUUGAUAUUCUAAACGCAACCUUGAUCCGUCAUGGCUUGAGCUAUGUUCAGAAACGUAGCAAUGGUAGCUCCAUGUACAAGUGCCCUGCAAUGAUGCAGGAUUGAUGGAUUUGACUAAUUCCCCACAGGACAAGGGUAGGGUUCCAAGUACACAACCCUUUCCUAACGUGUUUCGUAUGGAAAGGAAGGAGGAAGCUUCAGAGCGGUUUAGGACAGAACAGAACAGGAUGCAAUCGAAUCAGUUAAGAACACUUACUCAGGGCUUUCUUUCUGAUAACCGAAAACAUUAGCUGCUUUAUGGGCUUUCUCAUAAGUCUGCUUCAGUGCUUCCUGCCAAUACAAGAGCAAAUUUACCA